AUGUGGUGUACCCUGUUCAAAUUAUCCAAAAAUAAAUCAUUUCCCAAUCACUCAUGGCGCGGCCGCACCGCUGGGGCUUCCUCUCGCUCUGUGUUGCGCAACCUGAUCAGCUUCCGCUGGUCUCACCGCGAAGAAGAGAUCUGGGACAUCGGGUGCCGCCGGCUUGAGGUUUACCUACCAACCAGUGGUGACACCUGCAGGCCCGAUUUAAUAUCUCCAGAUUUUCCGUUCUGGAUUCUAUUCAAGAAAAUCCGCGAAGCUCUGGUGCCUGCUGUCCGCAGUGGCUUACGUGGAUCAAUCAGCCUGGAAGAUGCUGCUACGACAAGAGUGCAAUGUGCAUUUUGGGGAGCCAGGGGAGGAGUUUCUGGAGAGGGAGGACCCAGUGGAGUUCGUCCUGAAAUUAUCCGAUUUGGCGGAGUGGAUCAGCGUGAAAAUCCUUCGUUGGAUUAUUUGAAGGCGUUGAAGAAGAUUUCGGGUAUGGAUUCCAAGCUGCGUCGAAUGGGGAAGGGGCUGGAUCUGGAGAUUCCCGUUCGAUUUUAUUACUUGCUGGCCCCUCUGGAUUCCUUGAAAACUAUCGUGAUGACUGAGAGGACAGUGCACGAAGAAUGGAGAACGUACGAACAGAGUCCGAAGAAGAAGGAGGACGCAGCCCCGGAGUGUCUACGCUGCACUUUCGUGCUGAAGCCGACAAUUGUAAUUUUCAAUGAUUUCACGAUGGUCGAGGACAUGGUGAAGCAGGUGAAGGAAAUGGUGGCCCAUAAUACGCACUUCUCUCAAUUGUCGCUCUGGCUGGAACGCUACCGUGGAUGUGUGUCAAAAGAUGUUAUUGGCCAGCUCAUGGCACUUCUGCUUGCCACUACAGAGAGUACGUCGUGGGGUGCUGGUGAACGCUGCAGCUUGGGAGAUUCUAGCAUGGAGUCGACCACGCUACCGAUUGGCACGCUUCACCUAGAAUGCCCCGAUAGCUUGGAGAAUUUCGAGAUGGAGGGCGUGUGUUCUGCGAUGGCAGUCAAUCGGACGACAACAAAGGCGUCGUUGCGUUUGGAAAUGGACCCGGACAACCGUGCUACGAGCAGACACUGGUGGAAAUGGUUUGCUUAUGCUCUCUUUUCCAAGCGAGCACGAGCAUGUUCUUCGUUGAAGGAACUGUCGCUAAUUUCGAUUGGGAUCAUCUUAAGGUCGGAGCACCCCGAAGAAGAUCUGUACGGUUGUCCCCGUGGAAAACUUGACGAAAGGAAUGCUGUGCUCAAGAAGGGUGUUCCUAUCUACUGGCGGUUGAAUAAUCGAGGUAUGCCGCGGAGGGGUUCCGGUCCCUUGUCGUUCGAGCCAGAUAGAGCCUCUAUCCGCACCUUCAGUGACGAUGGAGAAGGUGAACUUGUGAAUGCCAUGGUUCCAGGUUUCGGGAGAUGCCAAGUCCGACGCAGCGAUCUACUAUUUGCAGAUAUUGGCGUCGAGGACUCCGGCACAUGUGGCGUGACGUCGCUGCAUCUUGGAUUCAACCGGUUCGACCCAUUUGAAGCCAGCGGCCUUCCCCAAUUUCUGUCGGUUGUUGGACCUUCACUAAAAUUUCUAGCGCUCAACAACAUCCGGGAUGAGAUUCACGACAGCGCAGUUCUGAGAAGCUGCCCCAAUCUAGAGGAACUGGCGCUGUAUGGAGUAGAUCUGCGCCUCAACUUCGCUGAUUAUCGCGUGAGCAACUUGUCACUUCCUGAGAUCACCUACACGCAAAACGUGGAAACGCCGUGCACCAAGGACAAUGGAACUGGACCAGCACGUUCUUUCGAAGAUCCUAUCGUUUGCUGCACCUCCAGUACUGCGGGAAGUAUAUCUUCAGCAUACUCGUAG